AAAUCAUACAAAACCCGUUACGUGUCAACAAAGGGAUACUUCCUUCCUUCCCCUUAGGCCUUAGAACCCUAUUCUUCUUGUUGUUCCCAGUUAUCGUUCCCGUCGCCUGGAAACACAAGAAGACAUGUCUACUGCUGCAAUGACAUCAUCUACUAUGAGCACCCCUAACCCUAGCAGCCACCUAUGCUCAAAGAGGCCGGCGUUCCGUCGGGUCAGCCGUCUUCUUCGACCACCCGGUGUGCUCGCACUUGCUGUGUCCGGCUGUCCCAGAGGUUUACUUCUUCCUCAGACAAACUCACGCCAUCGCUCUAUCUUCUCCUUUCAUCAGGACUCUAACCCUUCGGAUAUUGAAAUCGAGGAGGAAGCAACUAGUCUUAAAGAGAAAGCUGAAGAAUCUGAAGAAGCCUGGAAACAAACUCUAGCUUCUUUCAAAGAACAGGCAUUGAAAAUGCUGGGCGUUUCCCAAGAAGCUUAUCAAGUGUACUUGAAGAAGGCUACAGUAGUGCUGAAGGAGACCUCGGAGCAAUUAAAGAUUCAAGCUGAUAAAGCGACUGAAGAUUUGAGCGUAAUUGCUAAGGAACUUAGUGAAGAAGGUAAAGUGUAUUUGUCUGCAGCUGCAGAGAAGUCCCCUGAACCGGUGAAGGAUAUUGUGGAAACCUUUGCUUCGUCUUCCACUGAGGAUUUGAAAGAUGUGUCGAAAGUGCUUGACUUUUAUGUUGGUAUUCCAUAUGGUGGGCUGCUUACCUUAGGUGGUUUUCUUUCCUUCAUGAUCACCGGAAGCGUCUCUGCAAUUAGAUUUGGUGUUAUACUUGGUGGAACUCUUUUGGGGUUGGCUGUCUAUAGCCUAAGAUCAUGGAAAAAAGGAGAAUCUUCUUCCUCUGCGUUGAAAGGACAGGCAGCCAUUGCUACAAUAUUAUUUUUGAGGGAUCUUCGCCUGGUAUUCACUAGGCCAGCAUUCACCAGAUAUAUUGCACUGAUAAUCAGCGGUGCGGCAGUGGCAUUUUACGUUUAUAGAAUCACAUACUCACGUGGACAGUCAACAGAAGGAUCAAGUUUUGAGACUGAAACCAAAAAUUAGCUUCAUGUUACAAGGUUUAUAGUUUGUGAGUCCGGGGUGUGAUGCAUGCAGAAUUGAUGGAUGCUGCUGCUGCUUCAGAUUGAAAGCUGCUAUUGUUAACAAGUUUUUAGUUAUUAUCUGUUGUUAGUUGUAGAAAUUUAAAAAAAUAAAAGAUAAUAGUAUGACCUGAAGAAAAGCUGCAUGGGAUGUAAUGUGAGUGAAUUUACGACUUUGUUUCCUUUAUUUACUGAAAGGCAUCACAUGAAUUCAACUUGGUCUCC